AUGAUACAUUCGGACGUGUACGCGUUACAUGCUGGGCGUACAUUAACAAUGAAUUGUGACUAUGUCGACAUCUCUAACAAUGAUACAACAUUAUCACAUAACACCACUGUUAAUCUUGCGUAUGACAUUCGUGUUGAACCAUUUGCCCGUGCCAUAACACGUUUCACUAACCAUACUUAUCAGCUGUCUGUUGAUAUUUCAUGGCAAAUGCCCCCAAAUAGUUCGUUGCUUUGAAU